GACAUGAUUCCCAUUGUUGUGCAUGCACUCAAAUUUGAAAUAAUGCUUCGUUUUUAUGAACGUAUCAUUCCGAGGUCUCUUUCUACAAAGCAUUGAGAAGGUGCCAGAUAUAUAUAGAGAAAUGGAAAUGGGCAAUGACUCACGCUUGCUCCACGGAACUCUUUACGUGACCAUUUGCGAGAUCGAUAAACUUCGGUUUAGAUAUAGCCUCGGCAAGGGUGCAAGAACUAGAGCACAAGUGUUGGGAAAAAAUGUUUUGUCUCAAGCCAAGAGGGUUUUAUUAUGCCGGCCCGAGAUUGUUGGAUUCAAUACAUACGCGACUGUUGAUUUGGACAAGGCCAGGGUGGGACGUAGCCGAAAGAUCAAAUAUUCCCAUUCGGAUAUGCGAUGGGACGAGUUUUUUCAAAUUUAUUGCGCUCAUACGGUUAAUAACAUCGUAUUCACUAUAAAGAACUCCAAUCCGGUUGGAGCAACGCUAAUCGGACGAGCUUAUUUGCCUGCAAGUGAGGUGUUUCAAGGACAAUUGGUGGAAAAAUGGAUCGAUAUAUUAGACGAAGAGCGAAAUCCCAUAUCCGGUCAUUCCCGCCUCCAUGUGAAGGUUCACUUCAUAGAUGUCACACGAGAAAACAAUUGGUCUAAAGGAAUAACUUCCCCUACGUUCGAGGGUGUCCAACGUGCGUUUUUUAUGCAAAGACAAGGUUGCAAGGUUACAUUAUACCAAGACGCUCAUGUCUUAGACGGUUACAUCCCAAAAUUCAUCCUAUCUAGCGGAAUAAUUUACGAGCCCGGGCGAUGUUGGGAAGAUAUAUUUCAUGCAAUCUCAAACGCGAAAUACUUGAUUUACAUCGCGGGGUGGUCAGUUAACACUAAGAUUACAUUGAUAAGAGACCCCGAGAGGAUAAACCAAGGAGAAAACAUAACAUUAGGCGAACUACUAAUAAAAAAGGCGAACGAAGGCGUUCGAGUCGCAAUGCUUGUUUGGGACGAUAGAACGUCGGUUGAUGUUUUCAAGAAAGAUGGACUAAUGAACACUCACGAUCAAGAAACCGCGGAUUUCUUCCGUGGAACGAAUGUCAAUUGCUUUCUAUGCCCACGUAAUCCCGAUAAUGGGAGAAGUAUUGUCCAAGGAAUUCAAAUUUCCACGAUGUUUACUCACCACCAAAAGAGUAUAUCCGUGGACUAUGAACUCCUAGGCCAGGAAACACCGAAAAGGAGGAUAGUUAGUUUUAUGGGAGGUAUCGAUUUAUGCGAUGGUCGUUACGACACUCCGGUACAUUCCCUUUUCCGAACAUUGGACUCGGUUCACUCCGAAGAUUUUCAUCAACCUAAUUUCAACGGUUCUUCGAUUAAGAAAGGUGGUCCACGAGAGCCUUGGCACGACAUUCAUUGUCGGCUAGAAGGCCCGGUUGCAUGGGAUGUACUCUACAACUUUGAACAAAGGUGGCGAAAGCAAGUAGGAAAUAACUCAUCCAUUUACACCAUGCAUGAGCUCGACAGGUUUAUUAGCCAGCCGAUUCCUUCAACAUUUCCUGACGAUACCGAAUCGUGGAACGUCCAAAUAUUUCGAUCGAUCGAUGGUGGGGCGGUUAAUGGUUUCCCUUCAAAAUGGGACGAGGCUUGUGAAGUAGGAUUGGUUAGUGGAAAAGACCUUGUUAUCGAUAGGAGUAUUCACGACGGUUACAUUAAUGCGAUUCGUCGAGCUAAGAACUUUAUAUACAUUGAGAAUCAGUAUUUCCUCGGAAGUUCAUAUGGGUGGAAAUGGAAAUCGAAAUCGCAGGCAGAAGACAUUGGUGCAUUGCAUCUUAUACCUAAGGAAUUGUCACUCAAGAUUGUUAGUAAGAUUCAAGCAGGAGAGAAGUUUAGAGUUUAUAUAGUAAUUCCAAUGUGGCCAGAAGGGAUACCAGAAAGUGGCUCUGUUCAGGCAAUUCUACACUGGCAAAUGAAGACAAUGGAAAUGAUGUAUGAAGAUAUAGCCAUGGCAAUUAAAGCCACUGGACAAGAUUCCGACCCAAGGGAUUAUUUGACAUUCUUUUGCCUUGGUAACCGCGAGAUUCAAAUGGGCGAAGAAUACACACCACCUGAGAAACCAGAGGCCGACAGCGAUUACAGCCGAGCACAACAGGCUCGCCGUUUCAUGAUCUAUGUUCAUUCCAAAAUGAUGAUAGUUGACGAUGAGUACAUAAUCAUUGGAUCAGCAAAUAUAAACCAGAGAUCAAUGGAUGGUGCAAGGGACAGUGAGAUUGCAAUGGGUGGUUACCAGCCUCAUCAUCUAAAGAAUAAUUACCAACUUGGACAAAUAUAUGGGUUUAGAAUGGGGUUGUGGAGAGAGCAUCUUGGAGAUAUUAGUGAACAUUAUCUUCAUCCAGAAAGCCUUGAAUGUAUGCAACUAAUAAACAUGAAGGCAGAAAGGAACUGGGAGCUCUAUGCUGCUGCCGAAAAUCUACAUGAGAAUCUCCCGGGACACUUGCUUCGAUAUCCCAUUGAAGUUACCAAAACAGGGGAGGUGAAAGAAUUGGCUGGAUUUCAGUGUUUUCCUGAUACAAAAGCUCUUGUUCUUGGGACCAAAUCUGAAUUUCUUCCUCCAAUAUUGACCACUUAAAUGAUCAUUGUGCAUGUAAAAAAUAAUAUCAUCUUAUUGUGGUGUAAAUGAAAUGUAACAACAUUUAUUAAAUAUAGAAAUUAUCAAUCAAAGUUAAUAUUACCACAAGAACUAUCAUCAUGUUAUUCAGUCUUCAAUGAAUAUAAUUUGACUCUAUA